UACUUUCCACUUCGCAACACAGGAAACAGAAUACGCAACUUUUGUAAGUUUCCCCACCUUUUUCUUUUCUCAUGAUAUUUUAACACACAUUUGAGAUUUUGAAAGUGUAAAGGGAAAAAAAAAAUGAAGAAGAACUCUCUUAGGUCUCUGUGAAGAUGAAAGAGAAUCAACAAGGAAAAGUGGCUAAUUUUGAAAAACAUGGGGAGCCAGCGCCAUCAGAAACACAUGCACAACAUGAUGAACUUGAGAAUUCUAGAUUUGGGAAAGUGAUAUCAAGGACAAAAAGUGCAUCAAUUUCUAUUCCUAUGGUCUCCAUGGAGCCAUAUGAAAGAGAAACUAGUCUUGUGGGACAUACUGGUCCACUUCCUAGUGUGAGAAAAUCCCCCAUAAUGCAUGUGAAUGGUUCACUAUAUGCUACCAAUGGAACUGAAAAUCUAUUGCAUCAGAGUAUAUUUGUGAAAGGAAACAAAGUAGUGGAGAGCAAGACAGAAAAAAUUUCUACUCUUGACAGGAAAGAUGAAAAUCAUUGGAAUAACAACUAUGAUAGAAAGAAUGAACACUUGCUGAGAUCUGGGCUACUGGGAAUGUGUAAUGAUCCUUAUUGUACUACUUGCCCCACUUACUUCAGGGUCUCUCUGCAAAGAUUUUCAAAAGCUUCCACUGUCUUUGAUCCCCAGUUUCACUUCCACAAUGCUCUUUAUGGGGAUGCCAAGGGUUUGGGGAGAAAAAUUAUGUCUUUCUUCUCUUCAUAUGUUCCUGGAGUUAUAAAUCCUCACUCAAAAGUUGUACAACAAUGGAACAAAUUUUUGGCCAUUUUUUGCAUGGUGGCAAUUUUUGUGGAUCCAUUAUUUUUUUUCUUAAUCUAUGUGCAGAAGGGUGGUAAAUGUAUAUCUAUCGACUGGGACAUGACAAAAGCACUUGUUGUAGUAAGAACCAUGAAUGAUGUUAUAUAUUUCUUGAACAUUCUUCUCCAGUUUAGGCUGGCCUAUGUUUCUCCUGAGUCAACAGUGGUUGGUGCUGGAGAUUUAGUUGAUCAUCCCAAGAAAAUUGCUCUUCAUUACUUGAAGGGUUAUUUUCUUUUUGACUUGUUUGUUGUAUUUCCUCUUCCUCAGAUAAUGAUAUUUUUGGUCCUACCAAAACACUUGGGGACAUCAGGAGCAAACUAUGCUAAGAAUCUUCUGCGUGCAGUGAUCCUUGUGCAGUAUAUUCCCAAAUUAUUCAGGAUUCUGCCUCUGCUAAUUGGACAAUCUCCAACAGGAUUUAUAUUUGAGUCAGCUUGGGCAAAUUUCAUUAUAAAUCUUCUCAUUUACAUGCUUGCUAGCCAUGUUGUUGGAUCUUGUUGGUACCUCUUUGGUCUACAGAGGGUUAAUCAAUGCUUGCGAGAUGCCUGCGGUAAUUCUGAUAUUGAUAGAUGCAUGACAGUCAUUGAUUGUGGAAGACAUGGUCAUACCAGAAACAACUAUUCAGACCAAACAUCAUCUCUGUGGAGCAACAAUUCAGAUGCCAUUGCUUGUUUGAAUCCCUCCUCUAGUGGUUUCCGUUAUGGGAUCUAUGUCAAUGGUGUACCUCUUACUAUAGAAACUAGUGUGGCUAACAAAUAUAUUUAUUCACUAUUUUGGGGAUUCCAGCAAAUCAGUACUCUGGCUGGUAGUUUAACCCCGAGCUAUUUUUGGGGGGAAGUCCUGUUUACAAUGGCCAUCAUAGGAUUGGGACUCUUGCUUUUUGCGGUUCUUGUUGGAAACAUACAUAACUUUCUCCAAGGUCUUGGACGGAGAAGGCUAGAAAUGCAACUUAGAGGCCGCGAUGUUGAGCAAUGGAUGAGCCAUCGUCGCUUACCAGAAGAUAUAAGAAGGAAAGUACGACAGGCUGAACGGUAUAAUUGGGCUGCAACCAAGGGAGUGAAUGAAGAAAUGCUAAUGGAGAAUUUGCCAGGAGAUCUCCAGAGAGAGAUACGACGCCAUCUCUUCAAAUUUGUAAAGAAAGUCCGAAUUUUCACCCUGAUGGAUGAGCCUUUCUUAGAUUCCAUUUGUCAAAGAUUGAGACAGAAGACAUACAUCAAAGGAAGUAUAAUUUUGAGUCAAGGUUGUCUAGUAGAGAAGAUGAUCUUUAUUGUGCGUGGAAAAUUGGAGAGCAUUGGAGAAAAUGGAAUUGGAGUUAGCUUGUCUGAAGGAGAUGCUUGUGGUGAAGAACUUCUGACAUGGUAUCUUGAACAUUCUUCUGUAAGCAAAGAUGGUAAAAGAGUAAGGCUUCCAGGACAGAGGUGGCUUAGCAACAGGACAGUAAAGUGCUUAACAAAUGUGGAGGCUUUUUCAAUCCGAGCUGAAGAUCUUGAAGAAGUCACAACCCGAUUCAUGAGAUUCUUGCGGAAUCUUCGUGUUCAAGGAUCCCUAAGGUAUGAAUCACCUUACUGGAGAUCCUUGGCAGCAGUUCGAAUCCAGGUUGCAUGGAGAUACAGGAAGAAACGUAAAAAUUGUGUUGAUACCUCAAAAUUAGAUCAAUCAUUUAACUCAUAGGUUGUAUAAUCACCUGAAUUGCUUGUAAUUACCAUGCACAAUUCCUUUAAAAAUUAAACAACAAGCAAAUGUUACUGUUGGAGAGCAAUUCAAAUUUCAAAAUAAAUGGAACUUGUGAAAAUUCAAGGAGAUAUUUUUAGGAA